GGAUUUUUUUUUCUUUUCACAUCAAGUUCUUCUUCUUCUUCUUCUUCUUCUUCUUCUUCUUCUUCUUCUUCUUCUUCUUCUUCUUCUCCUCCUCCUCCUUCUUCUCCUCCUCCUUCUCCUCCUUCUCCUUCCCCUCGUCGUUCACGACCUUGUGCAAGAUGGCAUCUUCAAGCGCGGCAGGCACUUCGAGGGGGAAGGAGGCAGCGGGUUCGGACUCUACGGCCACGCGCGUGGAGGAAGCAUUUGUGCCACAGCCUGAGGCAAGGCAACUGCAGCUGCAGGCGAUGAAGGUGGCAUUCAAGAUCUGGGUUCAUUACAAUUUGGUAUCAGAGCAUCUCUUCAUCGCGAUCUGCUGUCUGUCGACAGGUGCUGACGUGGCACCCAGUACCGCACCCGUGGAACCUGAGAGUCAGGUUGCUUUCYCAACGUCUUGUUUAGGAGGAGUGGCCAAGGAAUGGGUGCUGGCUGAGGCCAAUGCCGCUGGCUUUGAGGAUAUUGGUGAGUGGGCAAGAACCCUGACGUUGAGGCAGUUUCUUCAAAAGAUAAAGGAGAGGUUCCUUGACAAAAUGACGGCGGACAAGGCUUUUGACGAGCUCACCACCAUUAGCCAGAAACGUUGGACUUCUGUCGAUGCAUUGUCUUGUGAAGUUGAUCGUCUGUUGCAGGUACGUGGAUUGAAUUUGCAGGAUAACCAAGUCCUAUACAUUUACUCACGAGCGUUGCCCGAGCCCAUUCGUGGACAGCUCGUGGCCGAAUCGAAAUCUGGUAAGUAUAAUUAUCGGCAGUUUCGCGACCUUGCUCUUCAAAGAGAGCAGAUGACCGCACAGGUCAAAGGUUCGUAUGCUUCGGUUGUUAAGUCAGCACCGGUUGGUGGGUACGACAAGCGGGUCCUCUGGCUGCAAAAGCACCAGGACCAUAUGCUUGUGUUGUUCGACGACGAAACGGUAGAGAAGUUACCUCUUGAUGAGUGUGAAGGAGGAGGUAACGGCGGCAGUGAAUCUAGGAAGGGUGAUGUCACUGCCGUAAUGACCAACAGGGGAGGCCAAAACCAUUGGAAGAAGAAGAAGAGGCCACGCUCGUUUCCCGAGCAUCCCAGCAUUGCGUUCGGGAGACCUUGGGAAAAGAUGAACAUGACUAGGGAGGAGUGGCAGUCCAAGAUGGACAACUGCUAGUGCCUCAAGUAUGGCACUGUGGGGCAUGUGAUCGCUUGGUGCCCACUUAUCCGUAACCCAAAAGCGAGCAGCCAAUAGGAGUA